AUGGCUUCUACGAGCUUUCCUGAAUCUUUGGACUUGGUAAUUAUAACUAGAGGCAAUGCUUAUGCUUCAACAACAGUUACACCGUGUUCACUAAUAAUUUUCUUGUGGGUUUUUCUUAGAUUUAGCGUGAAAAGGAAGAAUACACUGGGAUCGAGAUUGCCCCCAGGACCGUUUUCAUGGCCUAUUAUAGGAAAUCUGAACCAGCUGAGAAAUCUUCCUCAUCGCGAUCUUCAUGCACUUGGUAAGAAAUAUGGGCCCAUUAUGAUGUUGAAAUUGGGUUUCGUUCCCACUGUUGUGGUUUCAUCUUCUGCCAUGGCAAAGGAGUUCUUGAAAAUCCACGAUUUAGUUUUUGCAAGCCGACCUCUUUGUGCUGAGGGGAAAUACCUUGCUUAUAAUUACAAGGACAUGGCGUUUGCUCCUUACGGGUCUUAUUGGAGGCACAUAAGGAAGCUGUGCGUGGCAGAAUUGCUGAAUACCAAAAGGAUCGAUUCCUUCAGAAACGUACGAGAGGAAGAAAUGCUUGUCAUUGUUCGUUCAGUGUGGGAGAUGUCUGGGCAGGGUGGUCAUGGCGAAGAGAUAAAGAAAAUGGCUGCAGAGGCAGCAGCUACAAUAGGACACAUAAAUAUCGGGGACUUCAUUCCUUACUUAGACUGGAUGGACUUGCAAGGAGUAAAGCAGCGAAUGAAAAAGGUACACGAGUCCUUUGACCAAGUGGUAAGUAAAAUAGUAGAGGAGCACCAGCAGCGCAAGGCGAAGUUCCAGGAGGAGCAGGAGCAAGACUCUGAUACGAAGGAUAUCAUUCACGGUAUGUACUUGACUGGAAUUGAGACGACGACUACUACGUUAGAUUGGGCAAUGAGUGAGAUUAUUAAACACCAUAGAGUGGCCAAGAAAAUGCGAGAGGAAAUCGAUUCAGUUGUAGGCACAGAGAGGGUUGUAAGUGAGCGUGAUAUAGCAAGCAUGGAGUAUAUGCAGUGUGUGGUGAAGGAGACGUUGAGGUUAUAUCCAGCGGCACCGUUCAUGCUUCCACAUGAAUCGACCCAAGAUUGUACAAUUGGGGGAUACUUUAUUCCUAAGAGAACCAGGCUCAUGAUCAAUGCUUGGGCUAUCGGAAGAGACCCAUCCUUGUGGGAAGAUCCUCUGGACUUCAGGCCGGAGAGAUUUCUGGGUAAAAAUAUUGAUUUUGUGAGAGACAGAGAGUAUUUUGAUAUGUUGCCAUUUGGAGCAGGAAGGAGAGGAUGCCUAGGGUGGAGCGUGGAAAGAGAUUUGGAUAUGACAAAAGUUUUUGGAGGCACCGCGCUCAGGAGGGAUGAACUUCUCGCCCGUCCUGCCUUGAGCCUGUCUACACGCCCUUAA